AUGGGCGAUCAUCGACCGGAUGAAGACUCUGUUCUACAGAUUGAUGCAGAAGUCCCACUACCACCCACCCCCAACGACGAAGGCUACGCUACUCCUCCGGAACGCUUACCAACCGACAGGACUGCACCCCUUCCCCGCCGACCACGCCAACGCCCCGAAGCAUACCCCUUUACUCACACCCCUGUGAUUACCAACCCACCCAAACUCUCCACGAUGUUAUCCACCAACGAUAAACACACAACCAAAUGGACAUGGAACAUCCUAGACUAUCUGGACACCAGUACGAUACAUAGAAAACAGAUCCUUAUUUAGCCGCCGCAACCGAAUACACUACUGAUCUCCGACCACUGCUCGACUAUGACGUUAGAUCGACUAACGACAUGGCUGCGGCACAAUUUGCUAACUGUCCAGAAGGAAACUGGUG